CCUCACUGCGGCCUGCCAGUGUUUAUAGGGUGACUAUAAGCAGGAGAGAAAUCAGAUUUUUUACAUAGAUAGUGUUAGGGCAGGGGGGAAUAGAAGGAGGAUUUAGGUAGGAUGUCAGGGGAAGUUUUUCCCUGAGAGGGCAGUGAGGCCCUGGCGUAGGCUGCUCUGAGAGGCUGUAGAUGCCUCAGCCUGGGAGGUGCUCAAGGCCAGGUUGGAUGGGCAGCCUGAUCUGACACUUGAUUUAGCAAUUUGCAGUCCUCCCUAUGGCAUGAGGGUUAGAAAUAGGUGAUCUUUGAGGUCUCCUCCAGCCUAAGCCAUUCUGUGAAACUUGGCUGGACCAGAAGGCCUUGGGCUCUGCUAUGGCAUCCAGAGCAAGUUCACAGAUUUCUGGAAUGGUGUGAAGGCCUCUACGUUCUCUGCCUCCUGAAGAAAUGAAAUAUAUGUACUUUCUUCUGUGAGUCCUAUGUCACUGCUUGCUUUACUGAUCUGUCCAAUUGCUUUGUAAGUCUUGGAGCGUGUCCAUCUCUUGUAUAGAUGAAUAGAGAGAGAAAGCUGGCUUCCGAGCUUUGUUUUUUAAGGCAAAUCUUUAGCAAUGGAAGGAUGGAGUAAGGAUGGAAGUCCUUACUUCCUGCUUUCCACACAAGCCAGUUUGUGGAAGGUUUGGGCAGAAUUUCUUCAGUGUACUUUUUCUGUUUUCUAUCUAAGAGAAGCUUAGAGAAAGUAGUCUCUUGAUGGACUCAGAGAUGCAUGCAGAGCCUAAAAAUGCAGAGUUUUUUCCAAGAAAACCUUAUUUUGUAAUGCUGCAGAUACCUCAGUUUUGUUUUGUCUUGUGUUUUAACAUUCUAAUUCAUCCAGAGAUGUGAUUAGGUAUGCGGGGGUCAGAAGGGAAUGGUCAAAAGUGAUUGGCAAACUGAUUUUUUUUUCAGCAUAUAAAACUUGGGUGUUCCCUGUUACAGAAUGAAAUGUCUGCCUCACGUAGGGAUGCGUGUGCCAGAAAUCUCAGCAGCUGAGCGAUACCUAGCUCUUGCCCAACUCACGUGUGUUUUCCCACCCAAAGAAAAGGGAAGCUUCAGAUCCACACUCUUUGCCAACUAUAAUAAUCUAUGCUGUUUCUAAACUCAUUAUCGGCUGCUGAUGAUUGGAAGCAGAUGGAUAAUCUUCUGGGUUUUGGGGACUUAACUCAAGGCACAGUUGCCUUACCUUGCUGAGGAGUGUGACUUGUAAAUUGCUGCAGAGCCCUUUAUGGACAUUCAUAUUUGUGGUUUAAUUUAAGAAUGAGAACAAGUUAAGCUAAACCACAGCAAGCCACUUUUAAGCCAAGUAAAUCUCCAUAGAGUGUUUUGGAGUAGGUUAACCUAAGCAACACCUCCAAGGCUUGUCUAUAGGCAUGACUGAGCUAAUGCUCUAGGACCAGCAUGCCUUCCUGUUCUGUGCUGUAGUGAUUUCUCCUGGCCCACUUCUAGAAAUUGUAACUCCACCUGCAGACUGCUGGUGCUGGGAACAUUUUGUUUGGUUUCUGAGUGAUGUUUGACGAACUUUGUUAUUUGUGACUGAGUUUAUUUAAAAAAAAAAAAAAAAAAAAAAAAAAGCAGUCUGAAAUCAGUGACUUCCAGACUUUUAGGAAGGUAUCAAACAGCUGCUUUUCUCCCUCUGCCUUGUCCAGGCUCUGUUCUCCGCCUGCACCUCUACUCCCAGCUCUGCCCCCUUCUUUUGGGCUCUUGCCACCCCUUCCAUCUCCCACACUUGCUGCUGGCUUUGGCAGUGCUGAUGCAGCCCAAAUCAAGUGAGUGUGGCAGGAGUUGCUGUGCCUGUGUGUGCUCCUUGCCAUGCAGGAACUGGUGCUCCUGGACUUUUUUCCUCCCUGUAUAUAUCAGCUCAUAUAAAUGCGGUUUUAAAAUGAAAUGUCUUAAAAUAAUAGCUUAUUAAAUGUUCAGGAAGUCUGUAUAUUGCACCAAUGUUUUGGUUAGAUGUGCAGGCAAAUCCAGUAUUCCUUACAGUAAUGAAAUGUGCAAGUGAUUCUGUGCUGUCAGUUUUCAUCAUGGAUCUGCUCAGAGCUUGAUUAUUGUUGUUGCAGGUCUCUGUGGCCAGUGUUUAAGCCCCGCUCCUUUCUGGAAGGCUUGUGAGGAGAGCUGUCUGGGAAUGUCAUUUCUUGUUAUGAUUUGGAUACAAUCCUUUACUCUGUCUGUGGGCAGUUUUGCCUGGUGGCAUCAUUACCUAAUUAAGGAUUGCUUCCUGAAUCAGAUAACCCCUGCUUGGUUUACAGUGCUUUGAGCUGUUGUACUGAAAUAUUUACUGUAGACUUGUAUUAUUUAAAUUGCCCUGGGUAGGAAGUCAUCUCACCUUUCAGGUUUAUUUCUUACAGGUCACCCGUUUACUUCCUGCUUUCUUCCUCGAAGCAGGAUGGAAUUCUUCACAUGCAACAAUCUCUUGAGAAAUCAGCAGUCACUGUUGCUUUUUAGCUCUCCUUUCCUUCCCCACCCCUCCCUACACACAUUCCCCUCCCCCCACAAACAUCCCCUCCCCCCAAAAAAAAGCCUAAAACAACCACAAAUGCAGUAAUGCAUUUCAGAAUCUUUUCUGUUGAGGUUUAUGAUGACAGUUAUUCUUGGAGCUGUAAGGUAUGGGUGAAAGAAUGUCCUCUACAUGGACUUGAUGGACCAGGGUUGGUGAGGUGCUGCUGUCUCCCACUGCUUUUCUUGCAAUGCCUUGAACAACUCUGGAGGGGACAAGUUGUGUGAGACAGGAUUUGAAUAGCUCCUGUCACUUGUCAACUGUCUCUGCAUCUCAAGGGUGAGGACAAGGCAGCAGUUAAAAACUAAAGCUAGUAAGAGACCCUUGAUUGUGUGAAAAUAGCCUGGUGGCUGCAGCUUGAAUUGAUACCAGCUGUUGGUGGGCCUGCAGAAGACAGAAUGUCAUUUCCCCUUCCCUAGGGAGCUUUCUUGGCCUGAAUACCUUUGUGCUAAGGAAGCUAGGCCCCACGGAGCUGGUAUCUUUUGUAUAAACAGUCAGUCUUGGAGCAGUUGAAAUAGAGGCUGAAGUGUCUGCAGCAGAUGUCCUUAGAUGUGUUAAUGUUUUGGGUACUUUUGGUUUUUAUUUUUGACUUGCUUGCAUCAACACCUUAUGAGGUUUGUGCUUGAGAGAAAUAUACCUGACAAAGUAUUUUGUUUUUAAUUGUAGCUUUCACUAUGGGGGACAUGAAAACCCCAGACUUUGAUGACCUCUUGGCUGCUUUUGACAUCCCUGAUCCAACUAGCCUUGAUGCCAAGGAGACCAUUCCAUCAGCUGGGGAGGAGAACGAGAAUCACCUGAAGUCAUCAGGAAUCUGCGUAGAUGAGAACGUGUCCUUAUCCCACUCCUUGCCCCCCUCCGAUGCUCCUGUUGUGAGUGUUAUUGUGAAGAACACGAGUCGCCAGGAGUCCUUUGAGGCGGAAAAGGAGGGGAAUCACCUUGGGACUGGACUGCUACACAAUGGGUUUCGUGGGUCUGAUCUGCCAUCAGAGGCUCAUGCUUUGGUGCAUAAUUAUGGGAAGUUUGAGUCAACUUUUAUUAAUGGUGAUAGCUCAAGAAGUUACUCUGAAAAACUGGACCAGUCCAAGUCAGAGCCUCUGCCAACUUUUAGUCAGUUUAGCCCCAUUUCCAGCCCUGAGCCAGAGGAUACAUUCAAAGAGAAUAGUAUUGGUGAUAAACCCAAACAUGCUCAAACUCUGUAUUUUCCACCUCCUUCAGUGUAUAUGCCAACAGGAGCUUCAGUAUUGGAUCACUUCAGGAAGGUACCAGAGCCUGAAUUAAGCAUGUUUGAUCAAUAUUGUAAAAAGGAACAAAAGAUGGAGAUCCACUUCCAGCCAGAGAGCAGGCUGGAAAUGAGCAGGAGAGAGCAAGACAAAGCAACUGAGAGGUUUGUGGAGUCAGGAAAGGACUUGGUAGAUACCAGUAGCUUCCUUGGGGAAGGCUUGGUGUUUGGAGAGCUCCCUCACAGUAAUUUAGGAGAAGAUAAAGGGUCUGUGCCUGAGCUGAACUUGUCUUCAUCAGUACCACCUCGCCAGAGGUUAAAGCCAACUCACUCAAAGCUGUCAUCCUGCGUGGCUGCGUUGGUAGCUCUUCAGGCCAAAAAGGUUGCGUGUAUUCCCAAAGGCGAUCAGUCAAACCUUAUAAAGGAACCUGGUUCUUUUAAAGAUGGGACAAAGGGAAGUCCAAAAAUGCCCAAGUCACCAAAGAGUCCACGGAGCCCCUUAGAGGUAGUGAGGAAGGCCAGCAAGCAGCCUGAGAGCCCUCGAAGUGUGUGCAGUGACAGCAGUGGGAAAGGCUCUCCUUCCAUGGCAGCCAGCUCUCCACCAGCUAUUCCCAAAGUUAGAAUCAAGACUAUCAAGACAUCCUCGGGUGAAAUUAAAAGAACUGUAACUAGAAUUUUGCCAGAAAGUGAUGAGUUGGGCAAGUCUUUGGAAGAAUCACCUUUGGAAACCUCAUCUGCUGAAGAGUUUAUCAAAUCUUUCCCUUCCCCUGACACUAGUGCAGCUACGGAAAGCGAGGUUAGCAAAAAUUCAACCAAAAAUGGGGCUGCCGUAGCUAUCCAGCUGUCGAACAUAGUGAACCCUUACGCAGAUGGCUUGAAAGCAGAUCUUGCUGCAAAUACUGCAUCUCUUGUGUCUUUAUCACCGCUGCCAAACUGCGGUGGUGGUGCCAUAAAAGUUGGUGUUGCGGGGCAGCAGCUGAACAAGAAGCAGCACCAGCAGCAGGGUAUCAUGGUGCAGCCAUCCAACGUGACCACCUCUUCCAGCCUCCUUCCCAAAGCUGUGCACUUGGCAAAUCUCAAUUUAGUUCCCCACAGUGUUGCUGCUUCUGUUACAGCGAAGUCAUCUGCGCAGAGGCGAAAUCAGCCUCAGGUGACGCAGAUGUCUGUGCCACUGGUGCAUCAAGUAAAGAAAGCUGCUCCUGUCAUCGUGGAAGCAUUCAACAAAGUGCUACACAGUGCCAAUCCCGUGCCAAUAUAUACUCCAAACCUUAGCCCUCCACCUGACACCAGUAUUAAUUUACCAGCCUCUGGAUACUGUUGCCUGGAAUGUGGGGAUUCAUUUGCCUUAGAGAAAAGCCUGACUCAACACUAUAGUAGGCGAAGCGUUCAUAUUGAAGUUAUGUGCACUCAGUGUUCAACUAUGCUCCUUUUUUUUAAUAAAUGUAGCUUGCUUAAACAUGCAAGAGAUCACAAGAGCAAAGGCUUUAUCAUGCAGUGUUCUCAGCUGGUGAUGAAACCAAUUUCCUUAGACCAAAUGUUUUCACCUUCUGCGAGCUCUUCAGCAUCUUCCACUCCUCAGACUUUGCACUUAUCCUCUCCUUCACGUAAACCCAAUGCUACUUCAGGAAAUGGGGUAGGAAUUUCUACUAACACACAGCCAGCCUUGCCUCUCUACCCGGACCCACAGAGACUAAUCCGUCAUGGACUUAAGUGUUUAGAAUGUAACAAGCAGGCGCUGGAUUAUGUUGCUUUAGCAGCUCAUUACCAGAGAACCUCUGAAGAUAAUGAGAGACUGACGUGUCAGGUGUGCCAGAUGAUGCUGCCCAACCAGUGCAGCUACUGUGCCCACCAGAGGAUCCACGCUCACAAGUCGCCGUACUGCUGCCCCGAGUGCGGGGCUGUGUGUCGCUCCGCCUAUUUCCAAACCCACGUCAAAGAGAACUGCCUGCAUUACUCCCGCAAAGUCGGCUUCAGGUGCAUCCACUGUGGGGUUGUCUUCAUGACCCUGGCAUUACUGAGAGCGCACAUUCACGAGAAGCACUGCGAAGUCUUCCACAAGUGUUCUUUUUGCCCAAUGGCCUUCAAAUCAGCAGACAGCACCAUGGCUCACGUGACCAGCCAGCACCCAGCAGAGCCUCACAAGACUACUCAGGUGAUCUACAAAUGUUCUUGUGAGACUGUCUUUAACAAGAAGAAGCUGCUCCAAGAGCACUUCCAGCAGAAUACCAGCAAGUUGUUUGUGGGCGUGUUUAAGUGUCCACAGUGUCAGCUGGUGUAUAUGCAGAAACAGCAGUUAAUGCAGCACGUUAAGGGUGUUCAUGGAGUCUCCCAAAAUCCUGAGGAGCUCUUAAACUUUCGACAGAAGUCUGAGAGGAUGUCAAAGAACCAGGUUCAUAACCCACCAAAGGAGCUGUUGGUAGCCAAUGGGACUUCCCACUCACCUCUGUCAAGGAAAGACAUGAGGGUGGAAGGACACAAUCCCGAAUCCAAGUCCAGGCUGAGAAGAACUGGUUGGACUUGCAAGGAAUGUUCACAGUGGAUCCCUGAUCGGGAAACCUACGUGUCCCACAUGAAGAGAAGUCAUGGAAGGGCUAUGAAGAGAUAUCCCUGUCGACAGUGUGAACGCUCUUUUAACGCCUCCAACAGUCUGCGUAGACACAUCCGCAACAAUCACGAUACAGCAAAGAAAGUUUACACUUGCUGGUACUGCACAGAUGAAAAUCAGACAUUUCCUCAGCCGUUCAUGUUGGAGAAUCACAUCAGUCUCAUGCACGGCAUCAAAAACCCAGACUUGUCCCAGAUGGCCAAAGCAACAGCUCCAGAGAGAGAGAUAGCAGAAGCAAGAUCUCCAAAGAGGAUGGCGACGAACGAGCUGGGUCAGGCAGAGACCGCUGCAGGUUCAGACACACCGCCGGCCAAAAAACUGAAAGCGCAUUGGAAAUGUGCAAAAUGUGGAUUUGCAACAGACAUCAGUACUGAGUUUCAGGAGCACAUACCUCAGCACAAGACAGACAGCUCCACGUAUCAGUGCUUGUUCUGCGGCUUGUGUUACACAUCUCAAAUCUCUCUGAACAGACACCUCUUCAUUGUUCACAAAGUAAAAGAUGAGGAGGAAGAGGAGGAAGAAGAGGAGGAGGAGGAGGGAGAGGAGGAGAAGCUACAAGCGGAGAUGAAUGAGAAUGGACACGAAGGGUAUAAUGGUGAGAUGAACACUAUGGUGGAAGAAGAAAGCCUGGAAUGCAAAGAGUGCAAAACUGACUCAGCUCUUUGUGAGCACAGGCAGACGUGUUGUGUGGAGGGUCCUCGUAGCACCUCUCAGAACAAUCAUUCGAAGUCUAUUAAGACUUAAAAGCAAAACAAAAACUUUUUGCUCUGUUGGGGCUUUUUCUUUGGGGGUUUUUACUCAAAAUACUCGGUGGGGAUGGGGCAAAUCAUUGAAAUGUUCUGUUGAUUUCUUGGGAUAGACGUUGCUUUCCGUUAACUUCCAUUUGUAAGGGAAAUUUGGAAAAGAAAAAUACCCUGCCAUUACAUCCUGAGCACUAACUCUCUGCCAGCUCAGAGAGUUGAAAAGGGAAAGCAGGGCGAGAAUCCUCCCUGGAGCUUGUCCAGCUCCUGAGGGUCAAGGAGCACUUUCUGCAGCUGCAGUUCCCUGAAGAUGAGCUUUCCUCCCUUGAGUGCACUGCUUCAGCCUCUGCCCACAGACUCAGCCUUGCCUUCCCCAUCUCCCUUUCUGUCUCCUUCUAUUUAUGACUUACUUUUCCCAUUCUGCCUUUGUUUCAUUCAUGUUAAUUCAUAAUGCUGUCUCAGCAAAGCGCGUGUGUUAGGGUUGUGCUGGCCGAUCCAAGAUUGUCUGUGUUUAAUGGGACAGGCCUGAGUUGUACUCAAGCUUGCAUUUAAUUUACUACUUUAGUAACAGUCAUGUUUUCCGAAAGGUAAUUUAAUGAAGCAUCGUGAUUCUUAAUCACCCGGAAACAGAAUUUUGUAGCCCCUUUUGGGAGAGCACAACCACCAUGACGGAGGUGGGUGGGUACAGCACUUCUCUCUGCAUUAGGGCAUCACGGUCCAAAAACAAGAACUUCUCACCAAGGCCUGUAGGGUCCUGGCAGGGAGGUGAUGGGGUCCCACAAGGCUGGUGGGGCUGGAAAGCUGCUGUCCCAGUGGCAGCGCUGCUGCCCUCCUGCCUCAGCUUUCCAUAUUCCUUUGGAGACGUUUAUGUCCACGUAGUCAUAUUGACUCUGUCCGUGCCGUUUCCUCAUCGUUCCCCCAACACACCUUUCAUGUAAUAUAAUUAUCUUCCAUACUUUUUUUUUAUGUUGAGCCAGAAUCCCGCUAGUUAUUGUUUACUAUGACAAUGUUUAAAUAAUUUAAGAACUAUUUAUCUUAUUGCAUAUGAAUUGCUCACUUUCUUGUCUCAAUGUGUUUUGAUACAAACAGUUUGGACUCUUUGUAUUUUUUGAUACUGUGUACAUUAGCCUAGGGAAUGUUUUACAAGGUAGCCUAUGUAGAGUAACAAUAGCAGGGGGCACUCCCAAGCCAUCAUAUAUCUAUUUAAUCUGCAGUGGCAUUUGUGCCUUGCUAUAAUGUUUACUUCAAAGUAUUUCAAAUAAAAGCAUCCAACAGUACUCCUGGUGCUGCGUGCUUGCCGAGGGACGGGAGGUGACUGGAGCUGAAAGGACAGCCGAGCUGGCACGGGUAGGGACACAGCACAGGGGCUCCUGCCUGCCAUCUCCUCCCUGUCACCACCCGUCCCCUCCUCCUGCCAGCAUCUCCUUCCUGUCCCCUCCAUCUCCUUGCCGUCAUCUUCUGACCCUUCCAAGUGGGCUGCGUUGGUUCUGUUGAAGGGGCCUGCAGGGCCGGAGGAGGGCUAUGAAGACGGGCUGAGGAGCUGGGGGCGUUCAGCCCGGGGAAGAAAAGGCUGCGGGGAGCCUCGUUGCGGCCUUCCAGGACUGGAGGGGAGCUCACAAACAAACAGGAGGAGAGCAGCUUUGUACGCAGGCAGACAGCAAUAACGGGACGAGCGGGAACGGCUUUAAACGAACAGAGAGGACGCUGAGGUGCGGUGUGAGGAGAACACCGUGACACAGAGGCGGCGAGGCGCCGGCACCGCUGCCCAGAGCUGUGCUGCCCCGUCCCUGCGGUGCCGAGGACACGGGCGGGCCCCGGGCAGCCCGCGGCAGGGCCGGGAUCCCAUGAUUCUCCGGUCCCCCCUCCCACCAUCACCCCCCGUCGGUUCCGUCCCCGCUC